AUGACCAAGCCCGCCCCCAACGGCAUGGCCUCCUGGACCAGCACAAUCUACAGCCUCAACCGCGGCAGCGUCGAGGAUGAGCUUGAGCGCCUCGCCUACAACCACUUCAACAUUUGGACCCCCCUCACCGACGGCCUGCUUCCUGCCCACAUCCUCUCAUCCCUGCAGUCCCAGGACCGCCCAAGGAUCGCAGACAUCGCGACGGGGAGCGGCGUCUGGCUGACCACCCUCGCCGACGAUGUUCCGCCGCGCUCCGAGCUCAUCGGCUUUGACCUCGAUAGGCUGAAGCUCCCGCCGCGCCCACCGACGCCGCCAAUCCCUCCGCCGCCCGUGUCCCCUCCCUUGCGGCCGGAGCAGCCGACACUGGACUUCCGGGAACAGGAUGUGCUGAAGCCUUUUCCCGCAGAGCUACGGGGGACGUUCGAUCUAGUGCACGUGCGGCUGCUGGCACUAGGACUGAAGGCUGGGGACUGGGAUGCUGUGCUGAGGAGGCUGUAUGAUCUGCUGAAGCCUGGAGGAUGGCUGGUGUGGGAGGACACAGGUGGCCUGUACAUGGCGGCGUUUCCGCCGAGUCGAGCGUAUGAUGAGUUCUGGUGGGCUACCAUGAAGCACGAUGCGAAGGAAAAGAGCACGAAGGCAACGCUCCAGCUACUCAAGCCAAGUUUGACAGCCGUGGUCGAAGACGGCGGCGAAGAAACGGUACGUACGAUGGAAGAUGUUAGCCGCAUCGAAAGGGACUUGGUUCGGGAUACGGACCAAAAUGGCGUCCGUCUUGGGUUCGAUUACUUUUGGAACUGGGGGCAGCGGCCUUCGUAG